AAACAUUUUCUAAAUUUCCAGUUCGAUUAAUAGAAUGUUUCGGCAUCUCAAAUGCUUAAGGACAGUUCAGCGGCCACUUAACCGUCGAUAUUUUAAGGCUUUCACCGUUGAUGUUGUCCUGAACGAUGUGAAGCCGGUUGCAAAAGCGAUGCCUUGCAUAGAAAUGCCACAGGUGAUAGCAGAUCGUGAUUACAAGUAUAAAGAGGGUCAGGUUUAUCACGGCUUCCAGUGCGAGCACGUCGAGCAUAACGCCGGUUAUGAUCUAAUGUCGUGUCUUCUGAGACAUAUUGUCACUGGGACAGAAUAUUGGCAUUUAGAUUGCAAUGACAUCAAUAAUGCAUUCUCAAUUAGUUUCCGAACGCCACCGAUUGACUCGACGGGUGUAGCACACAUUUUGGAGCAUAUCACUCUGUGUGGCUCCAAGAAAUUUCCAAUUCACGAUCCAUUCUUCAAGAUGCUUAACCGAUCCGUUGCCACCUGUCUGAAUGCCUUGACCAUUUACGAAUGGACCCUUUAUCAUUUCGCUUCUCGAAAUGAGAUCGAUUUUAGGAAUUUAAUGCGCAUCUAUUGCGAUUGUGUUUUUGAGCCCAAUAUACUUUAUUUGGACUUUCUGCAUGAGGGUUGGCGGCUGGAGCACAAAGAUGUGCACAAUCCAAAAUCUGAGCUAAUGUUCAAGGGUGUCGUCUACAACGAAAUGAAAGGAUUUUUUUUUGAAAACCCCCGAAUAUGCCGACAAUACGUUUCCAGAUACCUAUUGCCAAAUAGUGCAUACUAUCAUAUGGCGGUCGGCGAUCCAAUCCACAUACCAUCUUUGACCCAUGAGGAUUUAAUUGAAUUCCAUCGCAAAUACUACCAUCCGAGCAAUGCACGACUCUAUAGCUACGGAUCUUUCGAUCUCAUGGAGACCCUGUCAUUCCUCGACAAGGAAUAUCUGUCGAAGAGGGACUUCCAAGACACGUCCUAUAGCAUUAUCCCACCCCAGCCCCGUUGGACAGAGCCCCGUCGAAUGCAUGUGUCCUGUCGCUUGGAUGAGGAGGGCGCCUCGCCAGAUUUGCGAAAUCAAAUAGCGAUUGCGUUCCUGAUGUGCGACAGAACCGAUAUACAGGAAUGCUUUGAGCUGUUGUUUCUAUCCAAUCUAUUGACACGGGGUCCGAAUGCGGCCUUCUACAAAGCUCUGGUCGAGAUGGACUCUUCGGGUUGCUUCCACAAGAACACCAGCUAUGCAAUCACCACCAGAGAUACCCAUUUGCGUGUCGGUCUGCAGGACCUCAGAGUCGAGGACUUCGGCAAAUUUAUCGAAAUAUUCGAUAACACUGUGCACAAGACAAUUGAGGAGGGCUUCGAAGCGCAGCACAUUGAGAGCUGUCUCCACAAUCUGGAAUUGUCGGUGAAACAUCAGGUGCCGAACUUUGGCAAAGUGAUCCUCUACAACAUGAUGAGUGUUUGGACUCACGGGGGCGAUGUUGUUGCUAAUCUGCGCAUUCACGAGCAGAUUGCCAAGCUGAAGCGCAACUUGAGAGAAAAUAAGAACUAUUUUCAGGAUAAGAUCAAACAAUAUAUAUUAAACAAUCCGCACAAGCUCACGAUCACCAUGUCGCCGGACGAAAAGUUCGACGAGAAUUUUGAAAAGGCCCAUAAAGCGGUGCUUCAGGAGAAAAUCGAUAGUCUGAGCGCUGAAGACCUGCAGCAAAUCUAUAAGACAGGACUCAAAUUGGAAGCGGCGCGAAAAGCGCCCGUCGACUUGGAGAUAUUACCGUGUCUAUCGCUGAAGGAUGUAGAGGAGCCACUGAGGAUACCAGAUCUCAUAGAGGAGCACAUUCACGGUGUUCCAACUCAGUUGUGUAAGGUGAAUACGAACGGAAUAACCUACUUUAAUUGCCUCUUCAAUAUGGCGGGUUUGAGUCAAGAAGAUGCCAAACUUGUCCCACUAUUAUGCAACGUCAUUCAAAAUAUGGGCACAGACGAGCAUAGUUUUGCUGAAUUCGAUAAACUGGUCAAUUUAAAGACAGCCGGCAUUGAAUUCCAGGUGAAAGUAGUGGAGAAUGUUAAGGAUUACGAGCAGUAUCAAAUGGGCCUGCAAAUAAAAACAUUUGCCCUCGAUCAGAAUGUGGCCGAUAUGUUUGCGCUAUGCGAGGAAUUGCUGUUGAGAUUCACGUUAGUAGAUAUUGAUCGACUAAAGAUGCUUGUAGAUACAUAUAUCUCCAAAUUAUCGGCUGGCAUAAUUGAUAAUGGCCACCCGCUGUCCAUGCUGCAAGCCGCAUCCCUGGUCAGCAAUGCAGCCCAAUGGAAAUCCCAGUUGACCGGUUUGGAUCACAUCGACUUUCUGCGAGAGUUUGCUCAAGUGCACAGCACCGAGGAAAUUCGCGACAGACUGGUGAACAUUGCUCCGAAGAUUUUCAGCAAGAGCAAUAUGCGUGUUGCAAUUAAUACCUCGGAGAGUUUUGCAAAUACAGCUCUGGAACACUAUAGCACAUUCCUGCAAAACUUGCCAACUGUCGAAAAGAUGAAGGGCAGAAAUAAAUUGCUCUUGCUGGCACCCAGUUUUCAGCAUUAUGAUGUGAAAAUCUCUAUAAAUUUCUGUGUGAAAGCUUUCUAUUCUGUGCCCUACUUGCAUAUGGAUCACCCUGUAUUGCGGGUAAUUUCAAAGCUCGUCGCGGCCAAGUAUCUGAUGCCAGUUGUUCGCGAGCUGAAUGGAGCAUAUGGAGCUGGGGCCAGAAUCGGUUACGAUGGCAUCUUCUACUUCUACAGUGUCAGGGAUGAAUACUCGACUAAGACACUGGAUACAUUUGAUAAGACGAACGAGUGGUUGUUGAGCAACAAAAACAAAUUGGAUGAACAAAUGCUGUUCGAGGCAAAGCUGGGCGUAUUGCAGCUGCUGGAUUGGCCAACAGCGCCUGGUGAAAAGGGCUUGGACUAUUUCAUUACAAGAGUCUCGCAGGAGGAAUACGUUAAUUAUCGGAAACGCAUGCUGGCCGUGACUAUCGAUGAGGUUAGCGCUGCCAUCAAUAAGUACUUCACGCACGAACCAAAACACGUUGGCAAAUGCAUUCUAGGAGCAAAAGACAAAUAGAGUAUGUUAUGAAAGAAAUUAUAACACUUUUUAUGUUACGUUUGUAAUGAGUCCGCAAAAAGAUCAAUUCAAUUAUGUUGAACUUUCAAAUGUGUCACGCAAGUACAUAGCCAAAUAAAUAUAUCGAUAGAGUCGAUAGCAAUUGCAUCCCUGGCUAAUGAAACCAGUAGAGAGAAAAACAAACGACAUUUUUAUUUAUUUACCUAUCUACUAAAUACGUAAAUUAAGCAGAAAUAUAAUUUGGAAGUUCACUAUAAAUCGUUCCGAGAGCUUUACGUAUUUCGUGCAUCGCGAAAUCAAUAUCGAUAACUGACACAGAAAAUGCACUAUCGAUGCAUCGAUACAAUAUCAACAAA